AUGGAUUCCCAUCAUCGGAACUCGCACGACGUCGCCGACACCACGCCGCUACUCGCAGACACGAGCCACAACAGGCCAAAGAGCGCAAUCGCCGCCGUCAAAGAUGAGCUGGUCUAUGCCACCAAGGCCACUCUGCAGUGCAGCAUAACGAAUGUUUUGCUCAUCUGUUUGCCGCUCGGUCUCUAUGGCGCCGAGUGGGGGUUCCCCGGAUGGGCCAUCUUCGUGCUGAAUUUCCUCGCCAUGCUGCCCCUGGCUUCUAUCCUCACCUUUUCCACAGAGCAGCUCGCUGCCAUUGUUGGGUCUGUCGCGGGAGGAUUGAUCAAUGCCACUUUCGGCAACGCAGUCGAAAUGAUUGUCGGCAUCAGUGCUCUGAAGGAGGGAGAAAUCGGCAUUGUGCAGUCCAGUAUGAUAGGAAGUAUUCUAUCAUCGAUUUUGCUGAUUCUAGGCUCGGCAUUUUACCUUGCCGGCCAGGACAAGCAGACAGUAUAUAUCAACGUCGACGUGGCUGGCAUCCUCACAUCGCUCAUGGUUAUUUCAUGCACGUCUCUCAUUCUUCCCUCUGCACUUCGCGCUGGCGACCUUCUCGCCGAGAAUGCUAGUGGCAGCAAUGGCGACUACAUCUUGACCCUCUCACGCAGCACAUCCGUCAUCCUUCUCGUCUUCUACAUCCUAUACGUGUACUUCCAAUCAGUCACGCACGCGGACCUUUUCGCCGAAGAAGAGAGCGACGAAGGAAAGAAGCUGCACGCACUCUCCAGCUGUGCGGUGCUUAUUCUUGCUACUCUCGGCAUCGCCGCGAGCUCCGACGCCCUUGUCGACAGCAUUGAUGGCGUUGUCGAGGCCCUGGGAAUCAGCCGUAGCUUCAUCGGUCUCAUCAUUGUCCCAAUCGUGGGCAAUGCGGGUUGUUUUGUGGGAACUGUGCAAUGGUCGCAAACUGGCCGCAUCAACUUGGCCAUUUCCGUCAUUGUCGGCGCUACGCUCCAAAUUUCGCUCUUUGUUACGCCGUUCCUGGUCAUUGUCGGCUGGAUCAUUGGCCGAGACAUGUCGCUGCAAUUCGACACGUUUGAGACGAUUGUCCUGACCAUGUCGACGUUGGUGGUCAGUUGCUUGGUUCGUGGAGGAAAGACGAAUUAUUUUGAAGGAAUGCUGCUGGUUGCCACAUACACCAUUAUUGGCGUUGCUUUCUUUGUGCAUCCAGACGACGUCUGA